CUCCCGUCUCUCUGGUCUCUCCAUCCUCCGCCGCAGAGCUCCUCCGACCAGCCAGCAGGUGACCGCGCGGAGCGGAAUAUUCAUCGGCGCCGUCGUCGUCUCUCGCCUGUCCUGUCCUCCCGUCCUCCGGACGCCGGGCCGCCCGGAGCUGCCGCAGCCCCUGCUGCCGUCCUCCCUCCUCCUUCUCCUAACCCCUCCACCACCAGCACCCUCACCCCCCCCGGGAGCCUGUGCAUCUCUCUCUCUCUCCUCUCUCAUCCGGGUCUGGGACAUUGCUCCGCUCCGCGCACACGCAGAUUAACGGGGGAUUCUGCCUCCCUCCCCGCCCGCGCAUGCACCGAUGCCGAUGUCCUUGAGCUCGGCCUGCACGAUCCUCGCGGCGCAACAGUAGCUACCUCUAAACUGGAUCUGCUUCCUGUCUCUUAUUCAUCAACGGCUCCUGCCUUGCUCGCCCCUCUCCCCGCCCGUCCAUCGUCUCGUCAUUCCUGUCCGUAAGUCUGUCGGCCUGUCUGUCCUUCCAUGGACUGGCCGUGACCCUUGGAGGGAGGGGGACAGAAACGAGGAAAGAGCGGAGUCGCAAGGGAGACGAAGGAAAAGAGAGCUGGAUUCAUUCAGACAUCACGCUUCUGAAGUGCUCCUGCUCGCUGUCUUUUAUCCCCCUCACCCUCCUCCCCUACAUCCCUCUGUUAUGGAGAUUUGAAGGAGCAGUGGGGGUUAGGCCAAGAUAUUGAGGGGGGGGAAUUGAAUACACAACCAACUCCCUUUUGUUGCCAUUAGUUAAAACUAGAAAGGGGUUUGGCUGCAUAAUUACAGCGAGAUAUUUUUAAAUGCAUAAAUUAAGAGCACAUGAACAACCUUUCACCGCCUAAAAGAAAAAGGACUUGACAAGACUACGGAGAAAAAGGAGGAUCAAAACAGAGAGAGAGAAAAAAAAUAACUUUCUGACAUGUCAACAACAGCCACAAUGGGUGAAAUGGCAAACAGCGCAGUGGAAUUUUAUCCCAAAGGGACUCGAAGUGGGAGCGGAGGAGGAAGAAGGGCAGAUGGUAGCCAAGACGGGGGAGAUUUUGGGGUCACGGUGAUGGAGCUCAGGGAACUGAUGGAGCUCCGAGGCACCGACGCCCUACAGAAGAUCCAGGACGGCUACGGAGACACAGAGGGACUCUGCCAGAGACUACAUACCAGCACCACUGAUGGUCUCAGUGGGGAACCGACAGACCUGGAGCGUCGACACGAAGCUUUCGGCCAAAAUUUUAUCCCCCCAAAGAAGCCCAAGACUUUCCUGGAGCUUGUGUGGGAGGCUUUGCAGGAUGUCACCCUCAUCAUUUUGGAGGCUGCCGCCAUCAUAUCACUCGGCCUCUCCUUCUACCAGCCGCCUGGAGAGGAAAGCGAAGCGUGUGGGGAGGUAUCCGGGGGAGCAGAGGAUGAAGGUGAGGGAGACACCGGCUGGAUUGAGGGCGCCGCCAUCUUGCUAUCCGUGGUGUGUGUCGUCCUGGUGACAGCGUUUAACGACUGGUCCAAAGAAAAGCAGUUUCGUGGUCUGCAGAGUCGGAUUGAGCAGGAGCAGAAAUUCACCGUGGUGCGGAAAGGAAAUGUCAUCCAGAUCCCGGUGUCGGACAUGGUGGUGGGGGAUAUGGCGCAGGUCAAAUACGGGGACCUCCUGCCCGCGGAUGGGAUCCUGAUCCAAGGGAACGAUCUGAAGAUCGACGAGAGCUCCCUCACAGGAGAGUCUGACCAGGUUGGAAAAUCUGUGGACAAGGACCCCAUGCUGCUCUCAGGUACCCAUGUGAUGGAGGGCUCGGGCAGGAUGCUGGUGACGGCUGUGGGUGUCAACUCACAGACGGGAAUCAUCUUCACUCUGCUUGGAGCAGGAGAUGUGGAGGAAGAGGGAAAAGAUAAGAAAGACGACAGUACUCAGUUGCUCAUCUCUGCAGAUGCCAGUGACAGCACAGUCACCAAUGGAAAACAACCAGACGGAGCUGUGGAGAACAAUCAAAACAAAGCUAAGAAGCAGGAUGGGGGUGUUGCCAUGGAGAUGCAACCCCUGAAGAGUGCAGAGGGAGGGGAGGUGGAAGACAGAGAAAAGAAGAAGACCAACGUUCCAAAAAAAGAGAAGAGCGUGUUGCAGGGCAAGCUCACCAAACUGGCUGUUCAGAUCGGCAAAGCAGGUUUGGUAAUGUCCGCCAUUACCGUCAUCAUUCUGGUGCUGUACUUCGUCAUCAACACGUUUGUUGUUAAAGGAGGCACGUGGUUGCCAGAGUGCACGCCAAUAUACGUCCAGUAUUUUGUCAAAUUCUUCAUCAUCGGAGUCACUGUGCUGGUAGUUGCCGUCCCUGAGGGCUUACCUCUCGCUGUCACCAUCUCGCUGGCUUACUCUGUCAAGAAAAUGAUGAAGGACAACAACCUUGUACGGCAUCUGGAUGCAUGCGAGACCAUGGGCAACGCCACGGCCAUCUGCUCUGACAAAACUGGCACCCUCACCACCAACCGGAUGACCGUGGUGCAGACUUUCGUCGGUGACGUGCACCACCGCGUUGUCCCAGACCCUGGACAGGUCAACGCUCGAAUACUGGAUCUGUUGGUCAAUGCGAUCGCCAUCAACAGUGCCUACACCUCCAAGAUCUUGCCCCCUGACGUGGAGGGGGGUCUUGCUAAGCAGGUGGGCAACAAAACAGAGUGUGGCCUGCUGGGAUUUGUACUAGACCUUCAGCGGGACUACGCCCCCGUCAGAGAGCAGAUCCCUGAGGAGAGGCUGUACAAGGUGUAUACAUUCAACUCGGUGCGUAAAUCCAUGAGUACGGUGAUCAAGCUGCCUGACGGUAACUUCCGCCUCUACAGCAAAGGAGCCUCUGAGAUCCUGCUGAAGAAGUGUUCCUACAUCCUAGAUGCCAAUGGAGAAUCACGCACCUUCCGCCCACGUGACAGAGAUGAGAUGGUCAAACAGGUGAUUGAGCCAAUGGCGUGCGAGGGGUUGAGGACUAUCUGCAUUGCGUACCGUGAUCUGCAAGCAAACCCGGAGCCAGAAUGGGACAACGAGGCGGACAUAGUGACGGAGCUGACCUGCAUCACCGUGGUGGGGAUAGAGGACCCUGUGCGACCCGAGGUACCUGACGCCAUCCGUAAGUGUCAGCGUGCAGGAAUCACAGUGCGGAUGGUGACUGGCGACAACAUCAACACCGCCAGGGCCAUAGCUGCCAAAUGUGGCAUCAUACACCCAGGAGAUGAUUUCAUCUGUCUUGACGGGAAAGAAUUCAACCGGCGAAUCAGGAACGAGAAAGGAGAGAUUGAACAGGAACGCAUCGACAAAAUCUGGCCCAAGCUCCGUGUGCUGGCUCGAUCCUCACCGACUGACAAGCACACGCUGGUUAAAGGCAUCAUUGACAGCACCGUUAUAGAACAGAGGCAGGUUGUCGCAGUAACAGGAGACGGCACUAAUGACGGACCGGCUCUGAAGAAGGCUGAUGUGGGCUUUGCCAUGGGUAUUGCGGGGACAGACGUGGCUAAAGAAGCGUCCGACAUCAUUCUGACUGAUGACAACUUCAGCAGCAUUGUCAAGGCCGUGAUGUGGGGACGAAAUGUCUACGAUAGCAUCUCUAAGUUCCUGCAGUUCCAGCUCACGGUCAACGUGGUGGCCGUUAUCGUAGCCUUCACCGGGGCCUGCAUCACUCAGGACUCUCCUCUGAAGGCAGUGCAGAUGCUUUGGGUGAACCUGAUCAUGGACACAUUUGCGUCUUUGGCCCUGGCCACCGAGCCCCCCACUGAGGACCUCUUGCUACGAAAACCCUACGGCCGGAACAACCCCCUCAUCUCUCUGACCAUGAUGAAGAACAUCCUGGGCCACGGAGUGUACCAGCUGGUCAUCAUCUUCACCCUGCUGUUCAUAGGCGAGCGCAUCUUUAACAUCGACAGCGGCCGCAAUGCGCCACUCCACUCCCCUCCCUCUGAGCACUACACCAUCAUCUUCAACACCUUUGUCCUCAUGCAACUUUUCAACGAGAUCAAUGCUCGCAAGAUCCACGGAGAGAGAAACGUCUUUGACGGCAUAUUUGCCAAUCCCAUAUUCUGCUCCAUUGUUCUGGGGACCUUUGCCGUGCAGAUCGUGAUCGUGCAGUGGGGCGGGAAGCCCUUCAGCUGUGCCCCUCUCAACGUGGAGCAGUGGCUGUGGUGUCUGUUCGUGGGAGUGGGAGAGCUGCUCUGGGGGCAGUUGAUCGCCACCGUGCCAACGGAGCGGCUGCCGUGUCUAAAGGAGGCGGGGCUUGGCUUGGAGCCUGGGGAGGAGGAAGGAGAAGAUAUAGCAGAGGACGAGGAGGAGAUUGACUGCGCUGAAAGAGAGCUGCGCCGCGGACAGAUCCUCUGGUUCAGAGGCCUCAACCGUAUCCAGACGCAGAUGCGAGUGGUGAAAGCAUUCCGUAGCUCGCUGUACGACGGCCGAGAGAAACCAGAAUCCCGCAACUCCAUCCACAACUUCAUGGCCCACCCGGAGUUCCUCAUCAACGACCUCAUCCACAACAUCCCGCUGAUCGAUGACACGGACGUGGACGACGAAUCAGAGCUCAGCAGAUACCAGCACCUUCACCCAGCCCUCCGUAAGCCUCCGCCUCCUCCCACCCAGCCCCCGGUCCGCACCCGCCCCACCCGCCCCUAUCGCCAGUACAGCCUCCCAGUGACCCCCUGCAACCGAAACAACAACAAUAAUAGCAGCAGUAGCAGCAGCAGCAGCAGCAGCUCCACGAUGUCCCGCAGCAACAAAAACAGCGUCUACAAGGGUCCCUCCGGCCACCAGGGUCCCCAUCACAAACACCACCACAACCACCAUGGCAGGGACAGGUCUGUGAAAGCUCCCACCCUUCACCCGGCCCACCUCUUCUGCGUGGAGACCUCAUUAUAACUUGAACGUGGGUCCAGGGGAAGGGGGGAUGGAGUUUGGGGAAAGAGAAGGAAGGGGUGAGUGCAAGAAAGGGCUGAGGACACACAAUGACAUUUUCAUCCGGUCUCCCUCACAACGAGCUCGCCAGAGGGAGUAAAAGACGAGGGAGGCACACAAGGGAGUGGACGAUAGUCGGAGACUUUUGCUCGCAGCUCCCUGCGAACAUGGCAACUUUAGCUCCCUUUUGUCCUGUGCCCUGUUUCCAGCCCUCUCCAUCUGACUCCCUGCCUCCGCUUCCCCACCCUCACCCAACCUGACCCGGUCUGUUGCCCUCCCCGAGGAAAACCACCCACCCCGUCCAAACCCGCCCAGCCUCAUGCUCACCUCUUCACACAAGUCUCGCUCUCGCUGCGUUGCCCCGAGCAAAGGUUGGGAUGGGGGAGGGAGGGCAGGACGGACACCCAGAAACCCCACAAACCCCUCAAUGCCUCGGCAGAGAGCAGGGGCCGGACUCACUCUGUUUCUAAUAGCACUCAUAAUUAGUGUUGUCAUCAUCUACCUACAGUACCUGCCGCCGCCGCCGCAGCCACCUGCGUGGCUCCAGCCACUUUAACGUCACUUCUUUGCUUGCGUUAUAAGAGAAGCGCUUUGUCAAAGCUUUAACUAGACUUCAGCCAUUUCCAUCUUUGAUAUAUCUAUUUCUUAACAUAAUGGUGCUCAUUUGUUUCUUCAUUUCACAUAGUUUUAUUUCUUUUUUCAUCCUUCUCUUUCUCUUUCAGUGUGUGUGUGUGUGUGUGUGUGUGUGUGUGUGUAUUGUCUUGUCUCUUCUGGAAAAAAAGUAACAAAACAAAUUUCAAAGAAAUUGUUCAUUUAAACCUACUAGUUAAUAGAAUGGCUGCAAAAAAAAGAAAGAAAAAACAGCUAAACAAUGAGGGGGCUGUCUCAUAUGUGUGCAGUAUAUGUAUAUAUGAUUUCAACCUUUGAGAAGCAGCAACACUGAAGUCUUCAUGUUCAUCAGCGUUUUUGUUCUGCAGUCCCUGAACGCCACCUCAGCCCCACGUGACCUGUACUCUGUAAUACUGCUGUGACAUUUACAACCUCCUGCCGUGUCGCAGUCACGUACAGCAUCACCUGGCGCGCCUCCUCCAGCCUCCUUUCCGUUGUCCCAUCGUCUUCUCUCUUGAUGUUCCUCUUUUGCCCGCUGUGUCUCAUCCCCUUCCUGCCUUUUUGUCGUCAAUCGUGUGAGAAAAACGAGUUGUUUUUUUCUUUUCGGGGGAAAAAAAGCUGAAAAGUGGUGAAGCAUCAACCCUUUAAAUGCCAUCAAACACGCAACGCACAGGCGAUGGCCCUUUAAGACUAACGUGCGCUCACUUCACUCCUGCUCAUGUGCCAUUGGGUCGUCUCCGCCACGUGACCAGUCUCCCUGUGGAUGAGGAGGCGGUUUAAUUCGACCCGCUGGACGUUCAGACCAGUCGUUAUUCACAGAGGGGACAUAAAAUCACCAUGUCAGCCACUUGCUCAAGCACAUCCGGCCCGAGUCUACGGUCAGUGUUCAGUUUUACCUCUACACCCGAGGCUUGCUCAGGCCUUUGAGGUACAACCAAUGAGAGCUCCUGUGUCAUGUCCUUCAGCGUCCCCCCAUCAUCAUGAUAUCAAGCUGUUGAUUGUCAUACCUCAAAAGAACCAUCAAUGUAUAAAAUUGGCUUGUAUGUAUUUCUUCCUGAAAGUUGGAUGAGAGGACCACUACUUCCUUCCCAUUCUGAUAAAUACAAGGUUAUAGGUCUUCCCAAAGCUAACCUGGCUAUCUCCAAAGUGGCCUCCAGCGCCUAUAAAGCUCAUUAACUAACACAACACAUAAACUUGAGGUAAUCCUUACAAAACCAUCUCAUUGGUAAAUCAUUCCUCCUUGCUGUGUUUUACACACGUGUAAACUAGAUCCAGGGCUGUUUCGACAGGGGACGGCUGCAGGAAGCCAUUUUGUGCUUUUAUGUCAACUUUCAGUGUGCAGCAUGGCACCUGCAGCAAGUAUCAUCAGUCCAGUUUAGAAAAAAAAAAAGGAUGCCCCAUAUUAUAAUGAGUGUUUGACAUAAUUUUCAAUCAAUUCUUUUCAGUAAAUUAAUCAAUUUAUUUCAGAUGUUUGUGCAGGUUCAGAUCACAGUCAUCAAAUCUAUUCUAUCUUUAAAAUGAAUGAUUCGUUCAGGAAUCAUUCAUCCACACUAUCAUGUACUAUCCACACUAGUUACCAAUCUUAUUUGGAUCUUAUGGUCCUCAAACAGGUAUUUAACGACGAUGUGACGUUAGUUGUUUUUUUUAUGAAUCCAUAAGCAAAAACCCGGCUAUAAAUGAGAUGCAAAUGAUUGUUCAUUAAAUGUUCUAAGUGUAUCCAUUUCAUUGAUGAGAGGUGAGGUAAACGUGUCCAGUCUGGGGAAUGCUACCAGGUUUGUGGACCCCGGUAAAGGCAAGAGAAGAGUAAAUAAAGUAAGGGACAGUGGGGCACCAGAACAAUUAGGUAUGUUUGGGCUGUCGUCCUGCCCCUGAACUCAAGUUACAGGAAUUUAUAUAUAUUAAAAAAGUCGCAUGAAUUCAGUGUCGUUGGGUACAAGCAUGUGAUUAACGUGAUUUAUCACCACCAUGUGGGCUAUUUAAACAUUUGUACUGCUACGAUGGAGCAAAAUUUAUGACAAAUUAUAUUUAUUUUCAAAAAAGGAAGAACAAAAUGUGUAAAUGUGUUGGGUUUAGACAAAUCUUAUGCCCUCUUCAAAAGGAGAGUUAGUGUUAAUGUUUUUAGUUAUUUCUGGGCAGGCAGUAAAUGAACUAGGAAGGAAAGCGUCUGUAGAAAGUGGCUGUAGACUACCGGUACAUCACUACAUCACUACUGCACACUUCAUCACUACAUCACUACAUCUAUUACUGCAUACUUUAUCACUGCAUCACUACAUCUACUACAUCACUAUUGCACACUACAUGAUUACAUGAUUACAUCACUACAUCAUUACAUGAUUACAUCACUACAUCACUACAUGAUUAUGUCACUUCAUCACUUCAUCACUACAUCACUACAUCUACUACAUCACUACAUCACUACUGCACACAACAUGAUUACAUCACUACAUGAUUACAUUGCUACAUCACUUCAUCACUACAUCAAUACAUGAUUACAUCACUACAUCACUACAUGAUUACAUCACUACAUCACUACAUGAUUACAUCACUACAUCACUACUGCACACUACAUGAUUUCCACGCCCAGUGGCCUGUUCAGGCUCUGCCCACCAUUCACCGUCAUCAAUAUUGGAAACAAAUUUAGGAUUUGCUGCUGACUGAAAGAUGUCAUCAACUGUUAUUAAUCACCUGUUAGGACUGUGGUAAACUCAACAAGUACACAGCAGUGCAGACGUUCUUUGGUCAAAUUACAUUCCACGCAGACUUUAAUGAACUUUAAAGGCGCUUCCUGAAAGGUUGCAUGAUUGGAAAGAACAUGCCAACUCUUUCCCGUGGCUUCCCUUGCCAAGUAAACUGGCCCCUUAAUCCAGGUCCUGGUGGGACUUUUCCGAGGGAAGCGAAUGGUCCUGCUCUGCAGAGUGUUGCUAUGCAGCAUUCUACAGCCCGGUAACGGUUUCCGUGGCAACCCCCCCAUCCCUGAACCGCAACAUUCCAUGGUACAUACAUUCCAAACACCUGCAUCACAUUCCAGCCCGGCUGUGACGUCACCUGCCCCCCUGUAUCCACGUUGCACUAAGUGUGUCUGAACCACUGACUUGUUGCCUCACUAAGACAUCACUAAGCAAUGCAAAGCUCCCAAACCCCACUCCCUCGCUUCCUUCCUCCCUCUCCUCCUCCCCCGUCCUUCCUGGUUCCGUUGACUCCCCUUGAACUGGUCCCUUUGCCAGAAAGAGACAAGGGCAGACAAUAUGCAACAGACUGCCAUCACAACACCUGCUCUCAGCCUCGGAGGCGACGUGAACAUGUGGAAACACGGGAAGGUUCACGUCUGUCCAUGUCCUGCUAGUCGUGACUCAGGCCGUGCGCAGGGCUCUCUGAGAACACCCUCACCUGUACAGAACUCUGUCUCCUUGGAUGCUCAUCGUCACCAUCGUCACCGCUCCCACCUGACCUGUCGGAGCAGCAGGUGGUGACACUGUAUUGGUCCGUCUGUUUUGAAGCAUGCAUUUGGUAUCAUUAAUGUCACUCUUUCUGUGUUGGUAAUCAUUUAGGCUACUGUCACUUCUGUGUGCUAUUAUCUCUCCACAUCUGCUCUCUCCCUCUCAUACACGGACACGCACACAUCCUGUUCCAGUCUAACCUGUCCUAUUGCAGCAGCUGAGCGCGGCCUCGCCGCCGCUCUCUGCUGUAAACUGAACGUGCGCACAUCGACGGGGAUCUUUGGCGGCGGUGUAAAUUUGACGGUCCAGUUCCAGCCAUCUCUGUCCAUCCAUUCAGCCACGUCGCAUCAUGAUGUUGUGGGACAGUUUCACAGAAGGCAAAACACAAUGUGAAAAAAAAAGAAGGAAAAAAAAAAAAAGAAUGUGUUUUAUCAAAAUUAUAAAUUGUACAACUGCACCGCAACUGUACAGAUCGCCCAAAUGUGCACAUGUGCAUCUUUGAUUUACAGGUACUAUGUUCCUAUUACACCUUUUUUUUAUUGUUUAUUUCUUUUAUUCCUAUUGCUUUUUGUAAAGAGAGGAACAACAAAAUGGAAGCACUUGUAUAUUAUUAUUAUUAUUAUUUAUUUUCUCCAUUGGUGCUCCUACUGAUGGAAAAAGACAGUUGCACAUUCUCCUGAGCAUACUCUGAGGACUGUGUUUUCUGUCUACUGAACAGCCUCUGACGUGCACAGAGGUUUGGAGAUAAUCAGUCUUUUAAGACCAGGGACACCAUUCUGUAAAUAGAAAAACAGAAGAGACAAAAGGUACUUUGUGGUGAUCUACACGACUGGACCCAGGAGGGGGGAAGCGGAGGGCAAUGCAGAGCUAGAGACCGCAGGAGUGCAGUGCAUCAUUGCAUUGUUUAGGCUGCUCUUUUGGAUCUGCGACCAGUAUUAACUGCCAUGUUACAAGGGGACAGAGUGGAGGCGUUGCAUUAUUCAUUAUACAUACUGUUGUAAAUAUUGUGUGUGUGGAAUCCCCUUUCUUGCACAACGCAGUGCUGUUCUGCAGACAGAAAAUGCAGUCUUAACUGUGCUGAAACGAAAAAAAUAAAUAAAAGACCAAAAAAAAGUUAAAAAGAAAAAACCUAAAACAUAAAGACUAUUGAAUAUAUUAAAGAGUUACCUGCCUGUUAUUUAAGCGAAUAAAUAUCUAUAUAUGAGAAAGAACACACCUGUAUACUGUAGACUUAAUCUGUAUGGAAAUCUAAGAGAAUUUAAUGGGAAUUAAGUCCAACACCUUUUGUCUGUAUGAAAGAAAAAAAAACCAUCAAAGUAUUCUACAAUAAUAACUU